AUGUGUAUCGUGGGGCUAUGGUGUGAUAUAGAGCAAAAGAGGCGGGGGGGGGGGAGGGGGCACACGGACCCCAGCAAGGGAACACGUGUGCAUGUAACAUACACACAUUCUGGCCCCGCAUACGAGAUCGGCCAGGUGGUACCUCCGCGUUCGACAGUUAUAAUGGCUAAAGGACUUCCUGAUAAAGAGCUGGAACAAAUUAUUGAGUCUGAUGAGUUCUGGGAGGAUUUCGACGUGAAUAAUACUGCAUCAUCGUCAUCUUCCACUUACGAAUACAAUGAAAAUACUAUUGAAAAGGAGGAUAAACAAGAGGAAGACGAAGAGGAACUAAGUACCCACGAUACGGACAGUGAGCAGGAAUGGCAGCCUUCCGACGAACAAAAUGAAGACGAAGAACAUUCAGCUAGUACCAGUAAUGAAGAUGUGAAUUUAAACAGAAAGGAAGUUCCAAAAGCUUUGUAUGGAAAAGAUAGAACAAAAUGGUCUACUACUGCUCCAGUAAGAGGAAAGACUCUUGCAAAAAACAUCAUAAAAGUUUUGCCCGGUUUGAAAGGAAAUGCAGCACAACACAAACCUCAAUCUGCCUUACAAGCCUGGAAGUUGCUUCUGACAGAUGAAAUAUUUGGACAAAUUAUAACUCAUACUAAUACAAAAAUCAGAUCAGUUCAAAGUCAUUAUGGAAAGUUCAAGAAGAAGAGCAAUAGCAGGAGUACGCAUACCACACUUUGGGUAACACUGCUCUAG